GCGAGACUUUUUAGCGGCCGAUUUCUAAGGAAUCUCGCUCUGGAGAAAAGGGGGCAGUAACUCCUCAAAGGCAAAAACUUUUUAAAAAAACUGCCUUGCUUUAUAAAUAGCGGGCGCAACCGCCACCCCGCAAACCACCACCACCACCACCGGUCCACCACCACCACUUCCUCCUCCUCCUCCGCCAUCAUCGUCCCUUCGCUUCUCCCUCUCGCUCUCGCUCUGGCUCGCGCGCUUGAUCGAUCGCUCGCUCGCAGGCCCGUUCGCCGUCGCCGUCGCUGUCGCCGUCGCUGUCGCUCUUCUCCGCGCGGAACUCGGUGGGGUCGUUGUCAUGGCGGAAGAGCUGUUGGAGAUCCGGCCUCAUGAACUCAAGUUUAUCUUUGAGUUGAGGAAACAAAGCUCCUGCUCGAUUCAACUACGCAAUAAAACUGAUCAGUAUGUUGCUUUCAAGGUUAAGACUACAUCUCCGAAGAAAUACUGUGUGCGGCCAAACAUAGGCAUCAUCAAGCCAAAUGGAGCAUCAGAUUUCACAGUUACCAUGCAAGCACAGAUGGUUGCUCCACCUGUCCUGCAGUGCAGAGACAAGUUUUUGAUACAGGGCACUGUUAUCCCUUUUGGGACAAGUGAAGAGGACGUUACUGCUGACAUGUUGCAGUUUGAUAAAGACAGUGGUAAAUACAUAGAGGAGAGGAAACUAAAAGUAGUCCUCACCAGUCCAGUGGAAUCACCAUCGCUGCUGCCAGUUAAUGGAGAACGGAAGCAAGAUUCGUUUUUCGAAACUAUUGUCCCAAAGGAUGUCUCGUCUGCUGGAGUUGAAAAUGCAUCACCUCCUCUCAGGGAUCCUGAGGGGUUGGACAUGUCAGAGGAUUUUAAGGAGUUAAGAUCAAAACUCAGCUUGGUGGAUUCAAAGUUAAAAGAGGCAGAACUGACCAUCAGUAGAUUAACAGAGGAAAGAAGUUCGCAGAAUCAAGAGAGAGAUGCACUAAAGCGCGAGUUGGAGAUGUUGAGGAAGACAGGUGGUAGAGCGAUUCAAGUGGGAUUUCCUUUCCUGUAUGUUUGUGCGGUCGCUCUCGUUGCCCUUGCAAUUGGAUACCUAGUCCACCCAUAGCUAAAGAAGAUUUUUGUUGCCGCCUCAUUGGGCUGUAGUAGAUUGUGUAUCUCUAGGGUUAAGCAUUGAAUUGCCUUAUAUUUUUCUUACUGGAGUCUCAGGUAUAAACCUGGAUGCUUUGGUAUUUCAGUUGUGGAGAUGAUGUCCUCUUAAAAUGUAUAUUCGUUGUUUGACCAUAUGGUUGGUGUAAUUGGAAAAAUUUUGAGUUCUCCAAAGGGAAAAAAAAAAGCAAGAAAAGUUGGACAA